AUGCCCAUGCGAAACCCAGGGGUUCUGAAAAUGUCUCAUGAAAAGCUGAGGUAUGUUCAGUCCCUCUCCGUGACGGGGACGCAGCAAGCUCUGAGCCAAAUCCGGGAGCUCUGUGGUCAGUGGCUGCAGCCCGAGACCCACACCAAGGAACAGAUGAUGGAGCUGCUGGUGCUGGAGCAGUUUCUGAGCACCCUGCCCGAGGAGGUGCAGAAGUGGGUGAGAUCCAGGCGGCCCAAGAGCAGCAAGGAGGCGGGAACCCUGGUGGCCAACCUGAUCCAAGCAUGUGGGAAGGAAGAUUUCCCUGCUCGGAAUCCCAUCCUUGCAGAGGAGAGGAACGCCAAAGAACACCUAAAGGGGGAACCAGACACACGUGAUGCCUUGCCCCCUGCUGGACGCCAGUGCCCGUCUCAAGAGUCCCGAGUGGAGGCGCCCGCGGGAGCUGCCCAGGAGCUGGUGACUUUCCAGGAUGUGUUUGUGGACUUCAGCCAGGAGGAGCUGACCUCGCUGAGUGCUGCUCAGCGGCGCCUCCACCGGGAGGUGACGCUGGAGAAUUACAGGAGCCUGGUCUCCUUAGGGUACCAGUUCCCUAGACCCGACAUUAUCGCGCAGCUGGAAGAGGAGGAGUCAUGUGCGAUGGAGGAAGGCAGCGAUACAAAGACAGGUCCAGGGCCCACGGGAGAGUCUUCUCCCGGCGAUCCACUGGAUUCCCAUCAGGCCCACGAGGAGAGACCCCUGUGCCUUGUGGUGAGCGAGCCCCAGACCCUCGCUCCGGAAAGGAGCCUCGACAGUGACGCAUCGGAGAGACGUUCGACUCUCCCGGAACCACCAGAGGGUCCCCUGGGGAUGGCCCCCCGGGAGUGUUCCGCUCCUGGGCUCCGCCCCAGCGCCCCGCCGGCCGUCAGCCAGCCCUCCCCGCACGAGACCCCAGUCCACACCUGUGACGUUUGCCGGAGAGCCUUCAGCACCCGAGCGGCCCUUCGGAGACACGCGCAGACCCACGCGGGGAAGAAGCCCCCUCCGGGUGAGCCGUGCUGGGAAGACCUCAUCCUCGUGCCCUGCCUCAGCGGACGUCGCGGCGCUGCCUCGGGCGACCAGCCGCCCGCGUUCCCCAGUGUCCGUGUGAGAGCCGCCGAGCCGCCCGACUACCACGAGUGUGUCCACUGCGGCAGAGCGUUCGUCCAGCACGCGCACCUGCGGCAGCACCUCCAAGCGCACGAGGCGGCGAGAGCCCGCCCGCCGGCGCCGCCCCGCCGCCGGACCCACCUCAUCCGCUACCGGCAGACGCACGACUACGUGGGGGCGAGGGCCCACCAGUGCUGUGACUGCAGCCGAGCCUUCCGCCAGAGCUCCCAGCUCGUCUCGCACUACCGGACCCACGCUCACGAGAGGCCCUUCCAGUGCCGGCUGUGCGGGAAGUGCUUCAGCCGGCCCUCGCAGCUCACGCAGCACUACCAGCUCCACCCUCCUCGGGAGGAGCCCGGGGCCUGCAGCUGCUGUUGA